CCUAUGCAGUAACUAACUUUCUGGGAGACUUUCAAAAUAAAUGCCAAAAAACUCGUCUGAAAUAGUGCAACUUCUCUCCUGACUGUCAACAAAAACACCCAAAAAGUGUGCGUGCAAGCCAUUGAGCAAUAAAAUAACUGUAGAAGCGCUUUGCGCUGUUAACGGCGCAGGCGCGUUACUUCCUCCUAGAGCUCUCUUCGGUGUGUUUGCGUUGUGUCUAAACUGCCGGCGAGUUUAACAAAAUAUUUUACCAAUAGCAGCUAUGUCGGGCAGGUCGGUCCGCGCGGAGACACGGAGUAGGGCGAAAGAUGACAUCAAGCGGGUUAUGGCUGCUGUUGAGAAAGUACGAAAUUGGGAGAAGAAAUGGGUAACUGUCGGCGACACAUCCUUGCGAAUCUACAAGUGGGUGCCUGUGACCGAACCUAAGUCAAAUGAUCGCCACUUCAGCAUUGUAUGUGCUAUCUUGCAAAAGAGCAAAAAUAAGAAGAAAGCCAACAAUGACAAGUAUGGGUCGGAGAUCACAACACCAGAAAACAGCUCCUCUCCCGGAAUGAUGGAUAUGCAUGAUGAUAACAGUAACCAGAGCUCCAUUGCUGACUGCUCUCCCAUGAAGCAGGAGAACAGCAACAGUGCCAGCCCUACCCAAGAGGCCAUGGCAACUUCCCAGAGUGACAGCAUCGAGGCUAAGAGUGACCAGAGUCAGUCCCCUGGCAAAGAGCAGCUGAAGAGCACAGACAGCAAGAGUGGAAAUGUUCACCCCUCAGCAUUUUCAAACACAAGCACACCUAAGAGAGACCGAAGGUCCACAGGAAGGAAUGAACCAUCCUCGGACACUCCUCAAGAUUCUCAGGAAUCUGAAGAUGGCACUCCUCCCAAUAAGAAGGGGAAGUUGGAUUUCCUCAAAAGUAGCUAACUUAUCUUUUACCAUCACCAAUUCCUUGAUCUGUUGCCAUGUCCUCAGCCCUCCUGUGUCUUAAUUUCUUUAUUCUUCUGAAUUGGUCCAAGUGGAGUCCAGCACCCACCUCUACCCCAAAAAAGACUUUAAAACUUAAACUAAACCAGGAUCAGCUGGAUGGGGCAGUGUCAACCUAAACUGCAGCUAAAUCUCAUUUUGCCACACAUCCUCUAUUUUUGUUCUUUAGUAUAUGUACAUAUAUUUAGAUGUAGUUUUUGUUCAUGCGGGUCAACACACUGUUUGAAUCCUCUUAAAACUGUUGGUUCUGCUGCUGUUCUGUUUAUUACUUUGACAGUAAAACAUUUAGUUAAUUUAACUAAAGACAACACCUACAUAUUUAGUGCCACUCAGUCAGUCGCAUAUCUAUUUCCUUUUCUCCUCUUAUGGAAACUCACUUGUAGCAUAGUGCUGCUACCAGAUUAGUUGUGUACCUUGAAUUACCAGAAUAAUGAAAAACGUGUUGAUUUGUUUAAAUCGUAUGUAUACUUCACUCUGGUAUAACAAGUGCUCAGUUUUCAUUAACCUGUAAAGCAUUUUUCAGUGUAUAUGUAGGCUGUUUGGUUAUAGAUGGCUCUUUGAAUACCUCACUGGAGUCCAGCAGUGCUGGCAACACUAUGUAUAGAUUAUUAAACUAAGUAUAACCUUUUAUUUGCAAAAUGUAAGUAGCCUAAAUAGUUGUUUCCUCGUUAGCCUUUGCCCAACUAAAAUGUCUUUUUAAAUUAUAGCCUGGCUACAGAAAGUCAAAUGUUGA